UCAUUUUUUAAAUCGCACGUAGUGAUCGUAGUGAUCAUGCUAGUGCUGCUUCCCAGUGGACGCAGACUGUACUAAUCAGCGGACAAAGGAUCACGACCAACGACUGCAACGGAGAGCAAAGGACAUAUUAAUCACAUUAAUCGAUAUUAAUGGUUUUAGUGUUGCGCAUGUUGCUGAGUCGAGUGUAGGUAAGCAUUGUGUUUGUGUAAUUAAUGUGUGUAUUCUUCAGGGAAUGAUUACGAGCACUAGAAAAAUUUCACUCGAUUCUUCAGAUUUUUAAAAAUUGUUAGAAGUAAACGACGUUACGUUUUGUGACCGUGAUGUUCUGUUGCAAGUUCUGCUUUGCAUUCUUGUAAACUUUUCAACACCUUUUCUGAACGUCAUGUUUCCUUUAGAUUCCAAGUUUUUACAGUUAAUAACCUUUCUCCCCUGUUACAUAUACCAAUCCGACUUAUAAAGGAAGUCAUGAGAGCAGGUGAUCAAUGUUGAACUGGUUGAAGUUGCAGGAGAAUGUACAAAUGCUUAGUGAAUACUAUUUUACGGCUCCGAAAAAUAACUAUGUAAAUUAUGUUUACUGUUUCUAGGAUGUAUUGCCGUGCAGUCUGGUAACGCGUUACCGACGUUUUUGGGGCAGGGGGGUUACUUCAAAACUGGUGAAUCAGCUGCCUUUGAAACUUACAUAACAAACUGUAACACUCUGCAACGCCUCAUAAGACAUUAAGCUUCGUAGUUCUUCUGAGAGAACCAAAAAAUCCACAUUAAUAUUGUCUUUGUACACAAUCAGUAGUAUCUUUCUAACAGGCUUUGGCAUCUUUUUCAAGUUAGGUAAUGGUACACUUGUUAGAAAUAAGAUACUGUAUCGCAAGGAUUCUUGUAAGUGAAUUAAUUUGCAACCCACAAAACAUCAUGCGUGAUUAAAAAUAUAUUCAAAAUUAUGAAAGAUUCUGCAUUCUUUUGCAACAGGAAUGCCAAGAAUUUUACAGAGAGCUGAAGAAAUAUUUCCCGCUGUGAGAGAAAGCAUGGUGAGUGUUUUGUGCUUAUGUGCACUGAAAAGAGUUUUUAUUGUCAUCAUCUCUCAGUUCUUGUGGCCUAAGAAACUGAACAUUUUAUGGCAAGCUUGAGUUAGUUUUUCAUAAUCUCCCUGGCGAGUUUCUUUUAACACAAGGUUGUUCAUAUUACAGCAGUUUGGUAUUUUAUGAGGAGAAUGAUCAAUUCAGGGAGAGUGUAAUGGGUAGGUCAUGUAGCACACAUGUGAGAAUGAGAAAUGUGUAGAGUGAUUUGGACAGAUGACUUGAAAAGAAGAGACCACUUGGGAGACAUUUAUGUAGACGGAUUUUAAAGAAAUAAUUUGGGAGAGUUCGGAUUCAUUUCGUUCCGUCCAGGAUACAGAACCAUUAUGGGUACCCGAGGGCACAGAAAUGAACCCUUAGAUACCAUAAAUAGCUGAUAAUUUCUGUGCUGCUGCAAUGACCGUUAGUUUCUCAUGAAGGUCCUUGUGCUGUUUACUUAAUAUUUACUAAUGAUUUUAAAUGCUGUGGUGAAUAAAUCUGUACAGAACAGCUGUUAUGGAUUAGAUGUAAUGAAAGACAGCCAUAGCAAGGACAGCAUAUGCUGUUUCUUGUAUGGUGUUCUACAGCUGUAAUUGAUAAAGGUAUGAUGGUUUUACAGAGCUAUACAAAUUCAGAGAAUGUUUUAGUGGGUCAACAUAGUGAGAUAUACCCAGCAUACCAUGAUGGAAAUCAGGCCAUGAGCAUAAGAGAUGAAGUUUCAGACACAGAAGAGAAACCAGAUCAUGUGCCAGUAGCAGUUGAGGAAAUAAAGGCUGAACCUGAGAACUACGCAAAUUUAGAGAACGUACUAGUGGGUCCACAUGGUGAGAUAUACGCAGCUUGCGAACGUGCAAACGAGGCAAUGAAUGUUAAAAUUGAGGAAGUCUCAGAUGCAGCAGAAGAGGAUCCUCUGCGAAUAACAGUUCAGGAAAUGAAGGCUGAACCUGAGAGCUACACAAAUACAGAUAAAGUUUUAGUGGGUCCAUAUGGUGAGACAUACCCAGCAUGUUGUAAUGGAAGUCAGGACAUGAAUAUUAAAACUGAAGAAGACUCAGACGCAGAAAAGAAAGCAGAUCCUCUCCCAAUAACAUUUCCAGAAGUGAAGGCUGAACCAGAGAGUACUUUGAAUGAACUUCAACCUGUACAUGGUGAGGAGCAGCCAUAUUCCUGUGAUGAGCAUAGUGAAUCAUUCAGUCAACAGUUUAAUCUGAGGAUACAUCAGCACAUACACCGUGGGGAGCAGACAUUUGGCUGCAGCGUGUGUAAGAAAUCGUUUAGUCGUCGGGAUUAUCUGAAUAGACAUCAGCGCAUACAUAGUGGGGAACGGCCAUUUAUCUGUAAUGUGUGUAAUAAGUCAUUCCAUGAUCAGAGUAAUAUGAAGAAACAUCAGCGCAUACAUAGUGGGGAACGACCAUUUAUCUGUGACUUUUGUAAUAAGUCAUUCAGUCUUAAGCAAUACUUGAUGAACCAUCAGAGCCUACAUAGUUGUGACCGGCUAUAUAGCUGUGAUAUUUGUAAUAUAUCAUUUAAACAUCAGGGUUAUCUAUGGAGGCAUAAUCGCGCACAUACUGGGGAACGGCCAUUUACGAGCCUUCUUUUUUCCGGUGUAUACCAAUGAAGCGUGGGAGGCUUCCUUCGGUGGAGAUGUGGAGGGUACGUUCAUGCGCAGUUGUGAAUUUUUUCCUGCCCGCAGAAAGCGUCAGUCGCUGGCAGUUGGCCUAUAAGUGUGGAUGUGUAGUGAGCGCUCGUCGGAUUCCAGUAAGGUGUAAAAUGACGGAACAACAUGAGCAG